UCGGUGCCAUAGCUCGGGGACAGAACCGCUUCCACUUCUUCCUCUCAAAGCCUAGAGAGGGGCCGAGGACGACGGAUGAGACGCACGCGCAGUGCGAGCCGACACUGGAGCUGCUGCUUCUGCGGCGCCCGUGUUGGGGGAGGCGGUGGCGGCGCGUGCUGCAGCGGCGCCAACAGCAGCAGCAGCCUCUCCGCGCGGAGGGGUCGCGGCGUGGCAGGGGAGUGCUGCGUGUGCGGCGGCUGGCGAGGCCGGGCGGGCGGCUCGCCCCAGCAGCUGGCGGAGCGAUACGCGGACUUGGCGGCCAGCCACGCCGAAGCGCUGAGGCUGAGCGAAGAGCGCGAGAGGCAGAGCGGGCGCCUGCGGGACGAGAACGCGAGGCUGAAGCUGGAGAACCGGCGCCUGCGCAGAGAGAACCGCAGCCUCUUCCGCCAGGCCCUGAAGCUGCAGCAACCGCGAUCGCCGCCGCUGUCGCCGUCCCCCCUGCCUUCUCAAGAGCCGGAGGCGGAGCCUGAAGACGCCUGUCUCUCGCGCGAGCAGGAGCUGCCGCGGGACCGGCUGGCUGAGAAGGGACGCGAGUUGGGCGCGCAGGCGGAGGAGGGGCGUCAGGUGUAGCCGCCAUUUUCCCAGUCGCGAGGCCGUGGUGCCGUUAGUCGGCGUCGCGAGGUGGACCCCCCCUCCCCCCGGAGUACCUGCCUUUGUCCCUGGCAGGAGGCAAUGGGCGCUGGCCUGCCCCCGCUUCGGGCCUCGCAGCAGCCUCCCGAGAGAGAAGCUGGCGGAGAUCCUGCCUCCCGCUCACUGUGCUUGGGCCGAGAUGCGCGGAUUUCCAGGGUUCUUCAUCGCCCUCUCUGUCUGCCGGCGGGAGACCUCGUGCUCCCCUCCCCAGUGUGAUGCACCUCGUGAGGCAGUAGAGAUCAGUGCCGUCUCUGAGAGUCUCAUAAAAGCAUUUGAUUGUCUAAAGUGGGGCGGGGGGAACCCUAUAUGCCAGACUAAUUCGAAGCUGGAAUUCCUGUAAAUCUUUUGCAGGAAAGGGGGGGAAAUUUUGUAUGCAAGUCCUGGUGACAACAGGUUGAUUUACAGGCUUUUACAUGUUGCCUCCGUUUAACAAAGCCGAUUAAUGUUCCUGCAAAAUAAAUUUUCAGUGCGCUGCA